AUGCCAGAGGUGGGAUCGGACGCAGUGACUGACAUAGCCAAGCAUUUCGGCUACGCUUGCCGCGCGCGGCCUGCUCCGCGCACAAUUGACGGCGUUUUCGCAAAGGAGAAUACAUGGACCUCGCAGGCGUGCGAGUGCUAUAGAGGCUACUUUUGGAAGGAGUCAUUGGGUUUGGUAAUUUGCCCUCGAGUCAGUCAUCCACAUGCAAGCAGUACUGACCAGUCGGGCUGGGCUACCCAGUUAUUUGGUGGUGGUGGUGGUGGUGGUGGUGGUGGUGGUGGUGCUAGAAGGUUGACAUCGCUGCAUCCAACGAGACCCAGGUCUCACAAAAUGCCAACUGGGGGAGGUGAGUUCCGGUUACGCCUUCUUCUGGAUUGGCUGCCCCAAAGCAGAGCGACGUGACUCGAGCGUGGCCUUUUACAUCUGGAACAGCAUCAUGGGACAACUGCCUUGUCGGCCGCAGGGCAUCAACGAUCGGCUGACGAGCCUGCACCUGCCUCUUCGGGGAUCCAUCUUCGUCACCAUCAUCAUCAUCCCCUACGCCCCAACAAUGACCGGCUCAGACGAAGCGAAGACAAAAUUCUACGAGGAUCUGCACGCCCUUCUGGCGACUGUGUCGAAGGAGGAUAAGUUGAUUGUUCUUGAUAGUUUUAAUGCCCACGUCGGCACAGACCAUACUGCCUGGACCCUCACGGAAUCGCCGGCUGCAUCGACAAUUGCCUCCCGCUCCUGCGAACCUGCGCUGAACACCGCCUUCUGCUGGCCAACACAUUCUUCCGCCCACCGAUGA